AUGCCCCUAAUAAGUAAAUUAGAACAAUUACCAAAUGAAUUCUUUUAUGAUGUUUUUGAUUACUUAAAUGGUUAUCAAAUUUUUAACGCAUUUUAUUAUCUUAAUCGACGUUUUAAUUUUUUGCUUGAAAAUUACUCCUAUUCAUUUAAAAGUACAACGUUUUAUGAAUUUAUUUAUUUUCGUAAUGAAAUCCUUCCUCAUAUUAAAUUACAACAAUUGCAAGUACUAAAAGUAGCGGAUGAUGAAGAUGACAGGGUAAUUGAUCAAUUAAAUCGUUUAUUAUCGAGAAAAAAUAUCAAAAAGUUAACUAAUUUACAAAGACUUCACAUUAUACCCUCAUAUACUUUUAAUGAACAAAAUUUACUAUCUACGAUUCAAAAAAUAUCACAAUUAGAAAGCCUAACUCAUUUAACAAUUGGCACAAAAUCCUAUGAUUCCCUAGAUAAAAUUCGUAUUUGUGAAUUAGCACUGACUUUAACAAAAUUAAAAUAUUUGUCAUUGACAUUUGGUGAUAGAACAAAAUUUUCCUUAUAUGAUCACCUUUCACCACAAAUAUAUCUAAAUGAAAAACGAUCAUCAGUUGAAUGUUUGAUGAUAAAUGUAGUCAUAUCUAUUCAUGAUUUAAAGACAUUAUUUAUCAAUAUGCCAAAAUUAAAAUACUUGAGGAUAAAUUUAAAGAAAUCGAAUUAUGAUCAGAAAUGGACUAACGAACUACAACAACAACCAUUUGUUCCUCAACUGGAAGAAAUCGAAUUACAUUUAAAUUAUAACAUUGAUGUUAAUCAAAUUAUUUCAUUGUUGACAGAAUCAACAGCAAGAAAUUUGAAAACGAUAAUAAUAAUUAUUAAUUAUGAAUCUUUAUAUGAUGUUGAUGAAAUAUUAAUAGAAACAUUAUUUCGAUCGACAUUUCCAUUAUUAAAAACAUUUAAAAUGAAAUUUACACAAAGUACUUCUUAUCGUUCUCUGCUUCUGGAUUAUUAUUAUAAAGUAAGUUACUCAUCGACUGUUAAUUUUCCACUCUUUGAUAUCCCAAACUCGUCUGACAACAUCUAUUCGACAGUUAUUAAGUCCAUAUUUGUUUUUUUAUCGUCGAACAAUCUUUAAGAAGAAGGAAACGAAAAAUAACGCACAGAUCAAUUAAAGUGUCACAGUAAUGCCCGAUAUGUCGAAAAUUGAGAUAUCUAAAAAUUGCUCGAGAUACUAAUUAGAGUUGUCUGUUUACUAUUACUUUACUAUUAACAAGUAACAAAAAUUGUUACUUGUUACUAGUAAUUAGUAACAACAGAUGCUAGUUUGUUACUUUGGGUAAAGUAACAAGGAACAAUCUCUUAGCAGAUAUUUCUGCUAGUCGACUCCUUAAGUAAGGUUUUAUGAGGGUGAAAUACUUGCUAAAAGGUGGUGAAACGUCUGAUAAAGAAGUAUCUGAAAUAUACCCCUGGAAAGCAAAAGCUGGAUUCAGUAUUUAAGCUCUUUUGAUACAAUCAAAGGAUUUUUUGAGAAAAGUGAACAUGAAGAUGCCCUCAAGACCAGAUUCCCAAACGCCUAUAUUUUUCACCAUCACUAGUCCUCUGGCUUUUUUGCUCUUAAAAGUAUAUAGAUUCAUAGAGAAUUUGAAGCACUAUCAGAAUCUAUAAUUACAAUUUAUCUUUGCACUAAUAAUAGCGUUGAAAUAAACAGAAAAGUCUUGCUAAAACAGCCAAUUUUUUUUGGUUUCUCAAAGAGGUUAAUCAAAGAGGUUGGAUUAUUCUUCCGCACAUAAAAGCAAGGAAAGACUAAAGUAUAUAGAUUGAUAGAGAAUUUCAAGCACUGUCAGAAUCUAUAAUUUUCUUUCUUAAAAACUUAUUACUAUAGUGGCUGAAUUUCGAAAAAAGGAGAAAAAAUGGAUUUUUGGUUUUUGUCAACUACAAUAUGCUCACUGAGCACUCGAAUUUUUUUUAAUUGAUAGAUGUUAGAAAAUAAGUUAAUAUACAGGAUUAUAGAGAAUUUCCAGGGCUAUCAGAAUAUCUACUUACUUUUCCAAAAGACCACUGCUUAAGACAUAAUCUAUCUGAAGUAUUAAUUGGAAAAACGGUGAAAAGUACAGGCGUGUGGGAAUCUCGUCUUGAGGGUAUCUUCAUUUCACUCGAUUUAUUUUUCAAUAUAUGAAGUCAAGAUAAAAUCGAAAUACACAGUUUUGUACAGAAUUUCACGCGCUAUCUAAUGGUAUGUUCACUUUUCUCAAAACAUCCUUUUAUGGUAUCAAAAGAGCUCAAAUACUGAAUCCAGCUUUUGCUUUCCAGGGGUAUAUUUUUAGCUAUAAAUCACUGCUAAGGGAAGAGUCAUAACUAGGGGUAUGACAGUUCCAUAUCAGCUCCUAUCAUAGGAACUGCUGAAAAGUUCUUUUGAAAGGAGCUGAUAUGUUUGAACAGCUCUUUUGAAAGGAGCUGAUAUGUUUGAACAGCUCUUUUGAAAGGAGCUGAUAUGUUUGAACAGCUCUUUUGAAAGGAGCUGAUAUGUUUGAACAGCUCUUUGAAAGGAGCUGAUAUGUUUGAACAGCUCUUUUGAAAGGAGCUGAUAUGUUGGAACAGCUCUUUGAAAGGAGCUGAUAUGUUUGAACAGCUCUUUUGAAAGGAGCUGAUAUGUUGGAACAGCUCUUUGAAAGGAGCUGAUAUGUUUGAACAGCUCUUUUGAAAUUUUAAAAAUUGAAAUUUUUUGAAAUUUUUUCAACAACUACUGCUGAAGCUUUCAGAAGCAAGAGCUUGCUCAACUCGAAGCACUGGGCGCUCCUGAAGUCCAGGAGUCCAAGAGCAAAGUGUUCUUUUUUGGGAAUCACUUCCCAAAAAAUGAACAGAAGAGCAAGCUCUUGCUUCAGCGU